CCCCUCCCUCUCCGGUGGUGGUGGGGCCGAACUGGGCUAAGCGAAGAGGCCUCUCGCCUUGAAGUCGCGUGGCGGAGAGGAUUCGGUCCAGGAGGAAACCCAACGAAGAGGGCUUUCUCUGCUGCAGCUUUCACACCAGCACUCCCCCCUGCUACGCCGUCAUCGCCGUUCUCCCAGACGGGACGGGAUCAUCAUCGGCGGCGGUGCCGUCCUCCCUCGGGCGGGUUCCUGUCCGCUCCGCACAUGGCGAGGAGAGCAUUGGCCGCCGUUUGGCCGUUCGUGAAGGGCUGCGCCACCGGCACCGUGCUCGGCAUGACCUUCGUCGACCAGUGUGCCUCCGUCGUCCCCGUGGACGGCGCCUCCAUGUACCCCACCCUGGACGCCCAGCAGGGCGAACGCGCGCUGGUGGAGAAGCGCUGCCUCUACCGCUACGACCUCUCCCGCGGCGACGUCGUCGUCUUCCGUUCGCCGAGGAACCACCAUGAACUGCUUGUGAAGAGGUUGAUUGCGCUGCCGGGGGAUUGGAUCCAGGUCCCGGAGAAUCAAGAGAUCCUGCAGAUCCCGCAGGGACACUGCUGGGUGGAAGGGGACAAUGCCGGCAUCAGCAUGGACUCGAGAUUCUACGGCCCUGAAAUUGUUUGAGUCCUAGCUUGGUGUUGUGAGUUUUGCUGCUACUAUGGAGCAGAAAAUAUUGUUUCGAAUAAAGGGGCGCAGAAAACAAGUUGGUGUCUUGAUAUUAACUGCUGCUAUUACAUCCAUGGAUCUUUUCCUGACAAUGUAUGUGCUACAAUAUAGUCUCAGUUCCUUACUACCAAACUGGCAAUUUUUGCACUCAAAAUCAACUAGCCAAUUCCUUCCUUCAUUCCCAGUGAUUUUCUUAAUCUCGAAUGCAUCAUGAUCUUGGAUUGACAUCUUGGUGGAUGGAGGCAUUUAACAAAUAUGCUUAUUGCAAAUGCAAGAGCACCAACACAGUGCUUUUUCUUUAUCGAUCUUUGUUUUGUACUGUUAGUCGUGUAUUUAACAAUGUUGCAUUGCCUCCUUGGAAUAAAUGCCAAGCAGAGUCACGGGAACUCAUGGCCCAGGGUCAUAUUUGAACCAAUUUUGGUGUGCUAGUGGCAUGAUCAUCUACAGCCAGUUUGCAGUUCCAAAUUAAUUGAAAAUCCAGGAUAUCAAUUUCUUCCUGAGUUUGUUUUGUCAAUAACUAGAUUGAAACCUUGAAUAUCUCAUAUCCUAUUCAUUUUCGUUGAUGAUAUUUUCCCUCAGGCUUUAUAUCUUACAAGCCUUAAUAAAUAGAAUAAAAGGACAAGUAGAAAGAGUAAUUCAGUGCCUCUUUAGCUGUUUUCUGUUUGGCUAUUUUCACAUCUUUCUAUCAUUUAAAGAGACAAGUUGCGUCCAGCCACACUCAUUAUGUUACUUGUUUGCACAUUGUAGCAAAUUGAGUUUCAAGACAUU